AUGAAAAAGUGUUUCUGUUUUCUCCUCUUUAUGCUUCACUUUACUGCAGGUUGUGAUGUGUCAGAUCAUAGACAGACUAAAGCAGUAACAGGUUACACAGGUGGAUCAGUCCUGCUGCCCUGCUCCUGUCAUGACCCUCAGUCUAAAGCACAGUCAAUCAACUCGCUGUACUUCAACCACAGAAGAAACCAGUGGCCUGAAGUGUUGAAAGAAGAGAAAUACAAAGACAGACUGAAGCAGUUUAAUCAAAGAUCUCCAGCAAAUCUGUCUCUGCUCAUUUCUGACCUCAGUAAAGAGGAUGAAGGGGACUAUCAGUUUCAAACUUCACAAAUUUCUACAUUAAUUAGGGUAACAAUAAAAGAUUGUGAUCUGGAUUUGCUUGAAGUGACGGGACACUCAGGAGAGUCUGUAGUUGUACCCUGUUCCUGUACUGAACUACAGGCUAAACCUCAACAGCUUACAUGGGCAUUUACUGCACUAAAGCCCAGAGGAAAACCUGAAGAAAUGUACCCAGAUGAGCAGAGCGAGAGACACAGAGGUCAAGUCAAACUACUGAAUGAAGGAUCUCCAGGAAAUCUCUCUCUACACGUAUCAGACCUGAAGACAGAGGAUCAGGGAGAAUAUCAGUGCUCUGUCCUGACUGGAAACCACACCAUCACACUCACUGUUACAGGUGACAUUUAA